AUGGAUGCAUCCUCCUCCCAACGGAAGCAACGCGGCGGCGGCGACGACCGUCUCCCCUCAAAGCCUCGACCCGCUUGUUCGUCACUGCCGCGUGGAGAAAAGGGUCCCGCGGCGUCGAAGGAGGACGUGGAGGAGUUCUUCGCCAUCCUGCGCCGAAUGCGCGACGCGUCGCAGUUCGUGUCCGUUGGGCGAGGCACCGCGGCGUCGGCCAGGUGGGGCGCGUCGUUCGAGUGGGAGGACUUCUUCGGGGGCGGCGCCGAGAAGGUCGCCUGCGAGGGGGGCGAUGGAGCUCGAGCGGUGACGCCGGCGGUAGAUGAAGAGGCGAAGCGACCACAGGGCAUCGACCUCAACGCCGAUCCGGGGCCCGAGGCGGAGGGUGUGGCGGUGCCGAGCCCCCUCGGUGAGUAUACCGCCCUCUCAGUGCUUCCUCCGGCUGUUUCCUAA